AGUCCUUAUACGCAGCCACAGACGUAAGACCCGUACAAGCGCUCACAGUUGACAGUAAUCACAAUCCUGACCAGUAUGGCUUCCAAAAUGUUGCGUCAAAUCACAAAAUUAUCAUCCACUCGAGGGUGUUUCCAGAAAACAAGUGAUCUUAGUGUUUUGAGCCAACAUUGUCAAAGACGGCACCAGAGCACGAGACCAUGUACAGGCCAAGCAGAUACCAUGAUGGAUAUAGGGACCAGAUCUCUGUUCGGUGAGGAGCAUGACAUGUUCAGAGCUUCUGCUCGUAGGUUCUUCCAAGAAGAGGUGGCACCUAAUCAGGAUAGGUAUGAGAAGCAGAGACAUGUUGAUAAGGAGAUUUGGCAGAAGAUGGGUGCUGCUGGGUUGCUAGGCGUGGCCAUCCCAGAAGAGAAAGGCGGGGUUGGUGGUGAUCUCCUUAUGACUGCAAUCACAUGGGAGGAGCAAGCAUAUGUGAACGGAGCUGGCUCAUCGUUCCCCCUACACAGUGACAUUGUAAUGCCUUACAUCGCUGAGUAUGGUACACCGGAGCAGAUUGAGAAGUUCAUCCCGGAUAUGGCAGCAGGAAAAAAUGGGGCUAUUGCCAUGACGGAACCGGCUGCAGGAAGUGACUUACAGGGAAUCAAAACAAUUGCCAAGAAAGAUGGGGAUGACUAUAUCCUGAAUGGAAGCAAGGUAUUCAUCACCAACGGUUACCUGUCUGACGUGGUGAUUGUGGUAGCCAUCACAGACCUGAGUGCUCAGAAGAAGGCUCAUGGCAUAGGACUUUUCCUGGUGGAGGAGGGCAUGCCAGGAUUCACCAAGGGCAAACCCUUGGAGAAGGUCGGACAAAAGGCUGUGGACACCUGCGAGCUAUUCUUUGAUGAUGUUCGACUGCCAAAGUCUGCCCUCUUGGGUAAGGAGAAUCAAGGAUUCUACUGCCUCAUGGAUCAGCUUCCAAGGGAACGACUGAUUGUAGCUGUCGGAUCCCAGGCCCAUGCAGAAUUCAUGUUUGAAGAGACCAGGAACUAUGUGAGGCAACGCAAGGCUUUCGGCAAAACUCUUUCCAAUAUUCAGGUAAUCCAACACAAGCUUGCAGAGCUAAAGACACUGCUUUGUGUGGGUAGGAGCUUUGUAGAUAACUGCUUGGAGUUGGGCCUCAACGGAAAGUUAGACACCUACACUGCUUCCAUGGCAAAACUCUGGACCACUGAUGCUGCCAACAAAAUAGCAACAGAAUGCCUUCAGCUCCACGGUGGAUGGGGUUACAUGUGGGAGUACCCCAUCGCUAGGGCAUUCUGUGACACCAGGGUGAACUCCAUCUAUGCUGGUAGCAACGAGAUCAUGAAGGAACUCAUCUACCGACCCAUUGUAGCUUCCCGAUAACUCAUUCACUUUGUGAAAGUAAGAGUUCUGUUGAUUUGAAAUCCAAAAAAAUGAAAGUGCCAAAUUAUGUGCCUGGAUGUUUCAAGGAGCGUGAUUGUCCAUGGUUGCAGUCUGUUAGUCUGAAGUUUGUUUUUGGUGAUUCAUGUGAUAUGAAUUUGCAGGCUUCAGGAUAACGUAACAUUCAAAUUACAUAUGUUUAGAUUGACAAAGCUGUUUCAUAUUUUCAGAUUAACCCCAGUAUUGCCACCCAUGUUUACACACAUCUAUGACAAGUAACAUUUUGUGGGACAAACUUUAAAUCUUAGAGGUGUCAUGCAUUUUUCUAUUUAGCCACAGAGAACAUGUCAUAAUGAAAGUGUUUGCAAUUUCAAGAAGAGUGUCCGAAGAGAUUCUACACGAUACAAAAUCAAUAUUUAGGCAGCGUUAAUCCCCAGGGGGAUGAAGGUGCUAAUUAAUUAUUUUGCAUUUAAAAUUGAUGUGAGAUUUGGAAGUAGGAACAUAUGAAAUAUUGAGCAAACAGCCUAUGAAAUUACUUUUUUUUUUUUAAAUAAUUUUCCAAUAUUUGCAUGAGAAAUUCAGUACUAUAGGCUAUUAGUUCUAUGUUACCACUACCUCAAGUGUUAUCGAUAGUUUUAAUCUUGUAGCAGAAGUUGAUUAAAUUAAAGUCG